AUGCUCGCGAAGCAGAGGGCGGUGACGGGCGUGCUCGCCUCCAACCCCGCAUCGACCGACGUCAAGAUCGAAAAGUUUUCCGUCACCGUCGCCGGCCAGCCGCUCUUGGACGACGCCACGCUGGAGCUCAACGUCGGCACGCGGUACGGGUUCAUCGGCCAGAACGGCAGCGGCAAGACCAACGUCCUGAACGCCAUCGCGCUGCGCGAGAUCCCCGUUCCCGACCACAUCGACAUGUACCACCUCCACGCCGAGGCGGAGCCCACCGAGCGCACCGCCGUGGAGGCUGUAGUGGAUCACGUCACCGAGGAGAUCGCGAGACUGGAAGCGGCGCAGGACCUGAUCAUCGAGACGAGCGGCGUGGAGGACGAGCGUCUGGAGGCGAUCAGCGACAGGCUUGCGGAGCUCGACCCGGACACGUUCGAGUUUGAGGCGAGGAAGAUCCUCGCCGGCCUCGGGUUCUCCAACAAAACGGUGCCGAUGGAACGGGCGACAAAGGACAUGUCCGGAGGGUGGCGCAUGCGCGUCUCGCUCGCCAAGGCGCUGUUCGCGGCUCCGACGCUGUUGCUGCUGGACGAACCCACGAACCACCUGGACCUGGAGUCGUGCGUGUGGCUCGAGGAGCACCUGAGCCACUACAAGAAGUGCCUGUUGGUGGUGAGCCACUCGCAGGAUUUCCUGAACACGGUGUGCAACAAGAUCGUGUGGCUGCACGACCGGGAUUUGAAGUACUACGGCGGGAACUACGCGACGUUCUGCACGCAGGUGGAGGCGGAGGAGAAGAUCCAGCUCAAGCUGUACGAGAAACAGCAGGCGGACAUGGCCAAGCUGGCGGAUUACGUCGAGGCUAACCACGCCAACGGUAAAGCCAAGAGCGCGGCGUCCAAGGACAAGGUGCUCACCAAGAUCAAAUCCGAAGCCGUCGCCAAGCCGAAGCUACGGGAGAACACGUUCACCUUUGAGUUUCCCGACUGCGACAAGCUACCGUCGCCGGUGUUGCCAUUCGACGGAGUGUGCUUCGCGUACAGCGGAGAGCGGGCUGACUACCUAUACGAAGACCUCGACAUCGGCGUCGACUGCGACUCCCGCAUCGCGCUCGUCGGUCCCAACGGGUGCGGCAAGUCCACGCUGCUCAAGCUCAUGGCGGGCGAGCUGCGGCCCACGAAGGGUGACGUGAAGCCGCACCCGUCCCUCCUCAUCGGGCGUUACAACCAGCACAGCGCGGAACAGCUGGACCCGGAGAAGACGGUUUUCGGUUUCUUCAAGUCGGCGUACCCAAACUCGCCCACGUUUAAGCGCACGGAUGAGUUCUGGCGCGCGUGGCUGGACCGCUUCGGGCUGACCACGAAGAUGCAGAACACGAAGAUCGGGUGUUUGUCCGACGGCCAGAAGAGCCGCAUCGUGUUCGCGAUGAUCAACAUGCGGAACCCCAACCUGCUAUUAUUGGACGAGCCCACCAACCACCUGGACGUCGAAGCCAUCGACGGGUUGGCAAACGCCAUCAAGAAGUUCAACGGGGGCGUGGUUCUGGUGUCGCACGAUUUCAGGCUCAUCGACCAGGUGGCGGACCAGAUCUGGGUGUGCGAAAACAAAAAGGUCACCGUGUGGAAGGGCACCAUUCGCGAGUACAAAACCAAGCUCGCCAAGGCGAUGGGGUACUCUCACAUUUAG